CGUGGGAAUAAUGUUGGACCAGUGCAGUUUGGCAGUUUGCAGCAAAUUUGCAGUGCACCCCUUUUGUUGUUCUAUUGGCUGUUUCCUGUGAUGGCUUCGGAAGAACAAAUCUUUCUGGAUGAUGCCCACGCCCCUGGCGAGGACGCGCAAAACGCCUUUGAUGAAGUAGCCGAGGCGAUCAAAGAGUCGAUCAAGAAGUCGCGCCGGUCGUGGAAAGUCCACCAUGAGUCUUCAAUGUGGGCUAGAGCAGCGGGGCUGAGCGACGAUGAGCUCACGAGCUUCUCUCGAGAUGAUCUCGUACAAGUCCGAAAUGGACAGGCAAGCUACGGACACAUUAUCUUCGGGAAAUUGAGGCUUCCUGCUGUUAAUGAUAAGCUGGGCGAGGGAUAUGUUCACGUUAGGAUUCACCACGAGGGAACAUCCGGAUGGAAACUACAUGCUAUCCACCACCUCACGGCAUCUUUUGACGCUGAUGGUCAUCCCCAUUCGUGGCGUGCCAUUCAUCCUGAUGGCUAUCCCUUGGAGUUUUUUGAGUACCACUCCGAGCUUCACGAGGCCCCACCGCGUUCCUCCUAUCGGUGAAUGUCGGAAUUAAGGAACAAGAGAAAGAAAUGUGUAAUGAUAUGUUGUACGAUAUGUCGUUGUAACGUCCGCGGAGCCAUGUCGUGUCUCGUAGCAUCUCCCUGCAAUAGUUACGUGUGAUUGAUUUGA